AUGUGUAUAGGAGCAGUGAGGAAGAAUGAUGAAGAAUCGCCGCACGUGGCAGUCGAGAUUGAUAGAAAAAAAUUACAGCCAAGGGAAGAGUUGGCAGUGAAGAAUGAAGGAAAAUCGGCAGACCAAAAGGUGGAUGAGAAAACACCUCUGCUUCCUUCCUCAUCAGGUAACAGUAAGACCACCAGGGCUGAGGAGGCGCCCUCAACGUUUUCCACCCCAAGCAUCCAACUAGUCUCCUUCUCCGUUGACCGCUUCGACGUGGAUGUUGCUGUUCCAGACGCUCAAAGAACUGCUCACUGGAACAUCACUUUCUUCCUCAGAAACCCUUAUAUGGCACAGCCAAAGGAGACCAAGUUGGUGUCGGCCGCUGUCGUGUCUUCUGCCACAGUGGUCAGCAAGAAGAUAGUCAACGCUUUUGUUGCAGAAAGGAGCAGAACUGGAGCUGUAAGUUUCGACGUGGAAAUUUUUGCAAAAGUCCUUGAGAAAGGGGGAUGGGAUGGGAAUGGGUAUUUGUUCUUCGUCAAAAUCCAGAAUUUAGGGUUUCUGUCGAUUGUGAAAAGUUGA